ACGCCCCUCUAAAACUUAACAUCAUUGGUGAGGCUUGCUUUACCCGUCAACUAGAGGCAGUUUUGGUGGAUAUUGCAAAAUAAGACAUUUGUUAUGAAUGGCCAUUAGUUGAAAAAAAGAUUUAGCAUAGACGUUAUAAAAGACGACAAAAAGUCACGUAUUUUAGACGACUAGUUAGUUAGUCUUGUAAAAGGAAGCUUCCAAUGUAUUUAUUUCACUGAUUAUUCCCCGUGGUGAAGAUUUGGGUCGGGAUACGAUAAACGACCACUGACAGGAAUACAUGAACUAUGGACACGUCUGACCAAGAGACGAUGCCUCCGUUUAAAGAUUUUCUGUUAACUUUCUUCAUGCCAGAAAAAUGUUAUGACCACUUUUUCAUUUACUUCAACUUUAUGCACGUGCCUUGUCUGAAGAUUAUCCUGAGUAAGACUAUGGGAAUAUUUAUUUUGAUGGGAAUUGUUAUUGCUCCACUCCCUCAGAUCUGCAAAGUUCUUUGGUCUGGAAGUUCUAAUGGACUGUGUCUUGCAUCUGUUUUUCUGGAGCUGUUGGCCAUCUCUACUCAUGCAGCUUUCUGCUACACUCAAAACUUUCCCAUUGGAGCCUGGGCGGAAAGUUUAUUUGCAUUGAUCCAGAUUGCUGUCCUGGCAUUGCUCAUCCAGCACUACCGAGGGAAAACCAUAAAAGGUAUAUAUUUUCUUGCUCUAUACUGUGGCUUUAUGUUCCUCCUGGCCUCACCUUUGACCCCUGUGUCAGUGGUUUGGACACUGCAUGAUUGGAAUGUGCUGUUGGUUAUUGCUGGAAGGUUUUUCCAGGCAGGCAGUAACUUUAAAUGUGGGCACACAGGACAGCUGUCUGCACUCUCUGUUUUCCUGGACUUUCUCGGCUCUCUUGGGCGUAUCUUCAGUUCCCUGCAGGACACAGGCCUUUCUCUCUCAAGUCAGAUGCAUGCACUGGCCUGUUGUGGCAGUGGGGUGAUGCUAGCACAGAUCCUGAUGUACUGGAAUAAAUGCAUGACAAACCGUGAGAAAGAAGGGCAAGUGCAGAAAGACAAGGCUGAAUAAAAGAGAUAUAUUCUGACUUGGAUUUAUGUCUCAGAAUGUGCUUUUGCACUCCUGGAAAAAGAGGUUGUGAAUCAUCCAAAGUCUCAUGAAAUGUUUGUAUUUUCAGUCUUAAGAUGUAAUUUUCAGACAUCUUUUUCUGUAAUAAAUAUGUUUCUAAUAUUGUUAAA